AUGGCGGGUAACAAACGCCCUAAGGGGCUUUUAUUCGAUGUUGGCGGCGUUUGUGUCGUCUCUCCCUUCCAAGCCAUCCUUGAUUACGAGAUCGCAAACAAAAUCCCGAUCGGCUGGAUAAACUACAGCAUCCAACACACCUCUCCAAACGGUGCCUGGCACAAAAUCGAGCGCGGGGAGGUGAAAAUAGACGCGGACCUCUUCUCAGAGUUCAGUGCUGACUUCCAGCACAAACAUCUAUGGGAAGCGUUCCACGCACAAGAGUGCCAGAAGCAAGGGCUACCCACACUCUCACCUCUUCCACUCCUCCCGAAGAUCGACGCAGAAUACCUGUUCUGGGAGAUGAUGCGAGUUGCCCGGAGUCCAGAUCCAUACAUGUUUCCCGCUUUACAGAAGUUACAAGCGUCAGGCCAGUUCGUCCUGGGCGCAUUGUCAAAUACGACCAUUCUCCCCACAGACAAUCCUCUUCCCCCUCCAGUAAAUGUACAGCAGUACUUUGAUUUCUUCAUUUCCAGCGCGCAUGUGGGACUUCGGAAGCCGGAUCCCAAAAUCUAUGCGCUGGCGCUGAAGGAGAUGAAUGAUGCUGCGAAGAAGAAAGGCCUAUCAUCCAUUCUGCCGGAUGAUAUUGUGUUUUUGGAUGAUAUUGGGAUUAAUCUGAAAUGGGCCAAGAAGGCUGGGUUCCGCACGAUUAAGGUCGAUCUGGGCAAGACGAAGGAUGCUCCUUUCACCAAGCUCGUCAAGAACAGCGCUUACUACAGCCGUUUCCAAACAAAGUUCAAGCGCCGCCGGCAGGGAAAGACCGACUACUAUGCCCGCAAGCGUCUGAUCACCCAGGCCAAGAACAAGUACAACGCCCCCAAGUACCGCCUGGUCGUACGUUUCACCAACCGCGACAUCAUCACCCAGAUCGUCACUGCAGAAAUCACCGGUGACAAAGUCUUCUCCUGCGCCUACGCCCACGAGCUCAAGCGCUAUGGUAUCACCCAUGGCCUAACCAACUGGGCCGCCGCCUACGCCACCGGCCUUCUCCUCGCCCGCCGAACCCUCAAAAAACUCGGUCUGGAUGAGGACUUUGUCGGUGUCGAGGAGCCAGAGGGCCAGUACAACCUCACUGAGGCUGCUGAGACUGACGAGGGCACCCGCCGUCCCUUCAAGGCUGUUCUUGAUGUUGGUCUUGCACGCACCUCGACCGGCGCCCGCGUCUUUGCGGCCAUGAAGGGUGCCUCUGACGGUGGCAUUCUGAUCCCACACUCCGAGAACCGCUUCCCAGGCUACGACAUUGAGUCUAAGGAGCUGGACGCGGAGACACUCCGCCGAUACAUUUUCGGUGGCCACGUUGCGGAGUACAUGGAGACGCUCGCCGAUGACGAUGAGGAGCGCUACAAGUCCCAGUUCCAGAAGUAUAUUGAUGACGAUAUUGAUGCUGGUGAUCUCGAGGAGAUUUACGCUGAGGCGCACAAGGCUAUCCGUGCCGAUCCGUUCAAGAAGGAUGAGGAUGCCGGGUCCAAGAAGACUAAGGAGGAGUGGAAGGCUGAGAGCUUGAAGUAUCGUAACAAGAAACUUUCUCGUGCUGAGAAGGACGCCCGUGUCCAGGAGAAGAUUCGCGAGUUGGCAUAA